AUGACAGUAGCUGGCGGAGUGGACAGUGGCGACAGCCACGCGUACGAUGACCACCGCGGCCACCACAGCGCUGUCACCGCCCCGUACGAGAAAAUUAAAGCACCGUCGAUGGCUUCGCAAGACUAUCUCGAGAACUUGCCGGCCUUUGACACGACAAAGCCCAUGCCACAGCCGCGCAGUGCGGUGGAGCGCUUUACACGCGUACUGCAGAUGCAAUUUGGCCAGGACCCUGACAUGCCCGUCUUCGGUGUCAAUAGUGAGCGCAAGUACCACAGCCUCUUUGACUACCUGGCGAGUUCUAUCACACCGUUGCGUCCGCGCACGUACGUGGACUCGUACACACGUCCAAACCCAUGCCCUGAGGAAUACUGGUGGGCGUCGUGGCGGUGGCCUCGGACGAAGUACGUCAACGCCAAGGUACCGCCGCCGGUGGAUGGCAAAUACACCGACUACUACCACUACCUAGCGUUCAAGAACUGGCUGGAGCGGGAGCGUGAUGUAUACGUGGCACAUGCCAACUUGGUGCACGAAAUGACAUCGCGCUGCCUCGUCAAGGAGGGGCAGUACAACGCUGCCAAGAACUGCCGUCACCUGUACCACAAAGAGUUCGCCAUGUCGCGUAUGGAAGAGUUCAAUCAGGCAAUGCUGUAUAUGGCCAUGACGGGUAACGCCGCCAUCCGCGAGACGCCAUACCCGGAGAACUUUGUAGAAGAGAAACGCAAGAUCUACGAUGACUGGCUGUACCGUACUCGCAUGCGCAAGCCUGGUGAUGCAGCCUAG